AUGACACUCAAUAAUGGUUCACAGAAACACUGCUCUUCAAUACAAGACUUGACACAAGUUGCCGAGAACUUUACAAAUAAAAAAGAACAAAAUGGCAAGGAUAUGGGUGCAUUAUUAGAAGAAUGUAUAGACCUCUUAUCAAACUAUAAAAAGGAAUGCAAGCAAAUAAAAUCUGCUAGAGUAGAAUAUAAUGGGAAGGAAGAUGACUCCUUUAAGCUAUUCGAAAGUGCAUACGUUUAUUACAAAAUCAUCCACCUAAUCAUUCUUUCGAAAAUACCUAACUUAAACGAAUUCAAAUCCAUCAAAGGCAAUGAAAGGAAGAAAUCCAAAGAUCAGGAGUUAAUGCAAAUUUAUAAUACUCUUGUGAACACGUUGUUAAACGAUGAUAUGAUAAGUGAUAUUAAAGCUCAUAUCAAGGAAAAUUCUUUACAGAAAGAUACACGAAAAGCAAAAGGCAAACAAGAACUGUUUAGCAUGAAGAAUGGCUCCCUUAUUUCCUCAUAUCAACUGAAACAGUUACUAUAUGGAAAAAAUGAUAAUACAUCCGUACUUUUGAUAGACAUAAGGCCCAGAUUAGAAUUUUCAAAAUCUCAUAUUAAACAUGAGGAAAUAAUUUGUGUCGAACCUAUAUCCUUCAAGGAUUCAUACUCAGAUGAAGAGGUUGCAAAAAAAUCCUUAAUAACCUCACCUAAUGAAGAAAUAGAUUUGUUUAACAAGAGAAAUGAAUUUGAAUUCAUAAUAUUAUAUACUAACGACAAAGAAAAGGCAUAUUAUAAUCAACAGAUGGUUUUUUUGGAAAUUUUGCUAACGCAUUCGUUUGCAAAACCGUUAGACAGUUGGAAAACUAAGGUUCUCAUCCUGGAAAACGGUAUUUCAUCCUGGUCUUUAAAUGAUGGUCCUGUAGAAAGUACGAGAACUAAUAUACCAAAAGAUGGAGAGACAAACGCUAACAAAGACAUUAAUAAGGAAGAUAGCGUGUAUAUAAACGGCAAUACAUCCGGUCUAAGCCUGCAAACGUUCCCAAAAGCAGUUCCCGGUAUAAGUGCAACAAUGGAUAAUACUAUGAAAGAUAUGAUGUCGUCGUCAUCUUCGCCUGAUUAUUCAAUUCGACAGAAACAACAAUCUCCUUUCAUCGAAUUAAAAAGAACUUCAAGUUUCAAGAAUUUUUUUUCGAAUUUUAAGUCUAGCUCAUCUGCUGAUAUCUCCAAAGGAACAUUUACCCCUUCAAAUCAUUAUUCAUCACCUACCUCGGCUAUUGACUUGACACCUUCGGCAUCCCAAAUAAACUUCAACACACAAAAGUCACUAUACCCAGAGGCACCUAAUCUAGAGAAAAAUGAAACCCUUACUGAGGUGUCCUAUGUAUCUCCGCUUAAUCAAAAUAUCAGACCAAUCAACGCAAGAGCGGUAGCACCACUCUCAAGGUCAUUGUCAGGCUCAACACGAGGUAUACCGACGGGAGGUAUACAUCAAAAGGAAAAGUUUCACGCAGGAAUGACUUUGAAUGGUAAUUCAACCGAUUAUAAUAUUUCUAAAUCGGAAAUUUUUGAUAGCAACAACAGAUCAGAAAUGAUGCCAUCAAGUUCGCUACCACCAAUAUCACCAACCAAAACUGGCAUACCAAAUAAAAGCGCUUUACAUACUAAUGAUAAGAUGCUCGACCUCGAUUUUAUUGUUGGUUUACAGAAUAUAGGAAAUUCUUGUUAUUUGAACUGCAUAAUCCAAUGUCUUUUAGGGACCCAUGAAUUAACUAAAAUAUUCCUUAAUAAUUUUUACGAGAGGCAUAUAAACCUUAAUAGUAAACUUGGGUCUAAGGGUGUUCUAGCCAAAUAUUUUGCUAGAUUAAUUCAUUUAAUGCAUAACCAUGCAAACCCAAAGUUGAAGAACAACUAUGUUAGGCCAGCUCAAUUUAAAAUGGCUGUAGGCUCAGUCAACACAUUAUUUAAAAAUUGUUCGCAACAGGAUUGCCAAGAAUUUUGUCAGUUCUUGUUGGAUGGCUUACACGAAGAUUUGAAUCAAUGUGGCUCUAACCCUCCCUUAAAGGAACUAUCAUCCGCUGCAGAAAAGAACAGAGAGAAAUUAUCAUUAAGAAUAGCCUCGUCUAUCGAAUGGGAGAGGUUCUUGACCACUGAUUUUAGUGUUAUUGUUGAUCUUUUUCAGGGGCAAUAUGCUUCAAGAUUGCAGUGCGAAGUUUGUAAGCAUACUUCAACAACAUAUCAGCCAUUUUCUGUAUUAUCUGUUCCUAUCCCCAGGGUGCCUAAAGGGGUCAAGGUUAACAUUUUAGAUUGCUUCAAGGAUUUUACCAAACUGGAACUUCUCGAUACAGAUGAACAAUGGCUGUGUCCAACAUGCAAAAAAAAGCAACGCUCAACUAAGAAGUUGACCAUAACAAGGCUGCCAAGAAAUCUGAUAAUCCACCUAAAAAGGUUUGAUAACAAUUUGAACAAAAAUAACAAUUUUAUCGAUUACCCAUUUAUAUUGGAUCUAACACAAUUUUGGGUCGACGAUUUUGAUGGUAAGUUACCUCCUGGAGUGAGAGAUGAGCUUCCCAAACGAGGUCAAAUCCCACCCUUUAAGUACAAACUCUAUGGAGUGGCGUCUCAUUUUGGGAGUCUCUACGGUGGCCAUUAUACAGCAUACGUUGACAAAGGACCUAAACACGGCUGGUAUUACUUUGAUGAUACAAAUUAUCGUUCAAUUAAAAAUAAGAAUGAACCUAUUACAUCUAGUGCUUACCUUCUGUUUUAUCACCGCAUUUAUGACCUCUGA